GUUCUUCUUCUACCAGGUCAUCAAGAGAGCCGCCAUUUUGUUAGCUUACUAGCAAAACAGACGGUCGAAGGUUGUCUCAGGGCGCCUUGUUUUUAGUCACGCUGCUCUCGGUCCCCGGUUACCAUCAUGUGGUAUGAGAUCCUGCCGGGCUUCGCCGUCAUGACGGUGUGUCUGAUCAUUCCCGGCGUCGCCACCGCGCAGAUACACAAGCUGACCAACGGGGGGAAGGAAAAGAGGAUCGCUCGGUUUCCAUGGCACUGGUAUCUGAUGGAGAGAGACAGGCGGGUGUCUGGGACAGGGAAGUACCAUGACUCCAAGGGACUCGAGAACAUCCACUGAUGACCAGAAAUAUGGAGACCCUGAUGAGAAGAAAGUUGGACAUUAAAAGAUUAUAUUUAACAUUCAGCUGUUUGUUUGUCAGUCUUUUAAGGGCAGUCGUCCUGGUUAUUGAUUAAACUGUUCCACUCUGUAAAUCUUCUGACGCUUCUUGGCUCGUAUGUUGAAUUUCAGGAGUUUAUACUGUAGAUGUUAUGUCACCUGUACAGGCGAUACUCCAGUGUUGUUCUGAGGAGAUGUAUCUAUUUGUAGUAAGUCUCAACAUCGUCUCUCCUGUACUGUAGUUGUCAUCUUAAAUGUCUCCUGGUGAAAAGGCUGCAUCACAGCCAACUGAAAGAGACUCUAAUCUAAUACAAUUGUUCAGAGUGAAGUCACAGUGAAAUCCUCUGCCUGUCAUUACAAUUUUGAUAAUCCCAUAUUAACAAUUGUUCAGACAACAAGACAUUUAAAGAAUUCACCUUUUGAGUUUUGGUAAGGUGUAAUGUGCAUUUUUCAGAAUUUUCUGAUAUUUAAGACAAUUAUUAAUAAAUGAGUUGAAAA